CACAUUCCUCCGCGGGCGUCCCCUCCCUCACCCCCCUCCCCCAGCUCUCACUUCGAUGCGGCAGGGCUCCCGGAGCGACUCGGCACAGUGCAAAGAGACAAACUUCCCGGGAAGCGUGAGACGAGAACGAGGCACCAAUGAAGAGACUCAGUCCAGCCACCCAGCCCAGUCUACUCAUGCAGGUACAUGAAGAUGGAGACAACCUUAUCCCCUUUGCCAAGUGUUCCAGGGUAGUCAGCCGAUCUCCACCCCCCAGUGUGCCUCCCCAGAGCCUCAGACUGAUGCCCCAGCGUUACGGAGACAUCUUCUGGGAGAACCUUUGUCAAAGGUCCAGCCCCACCUGGAUGGAAGAACGGUACAUCCCACCCCUGCUGCCUGGCGUGUACCCCCUUGAGGGCCUCCCACCUCCUGAGAUGCUUUGCAGAAGAAAGAGAAGGCAGCCAUAUUUGACGGGAAUGCAUCAGGGGCCUGGGAGCAUCCCAGCCCGGGUAAGGGCUGUCACUGACCACCUAGAGGACCUAAAGAGGAGACAGAGAAUCAUCAAUGAACUAAAGAAGGCCCAGUGGGGCAGCUCUGGGGCUGCGCCCGAGCCCCUGGUGUCUGGCCAAGCGGGCUGCAGGUUCCCCAGCACCACUGAACACGCCGAUCUGGAAGAGGGGAGGGCAGCCUAUCCCCAGGAUGAGGACCGCUUUCUCCCUCCUGGCAGGGCCCAGUUGCUCUGGUCCCCCUGGAGUCCCCUGGUCCAGGAGGGAUCUUGUCUCUCCAGACAGCUGAGUUCCGUACGCCCCUACAGCACUGUCACAGCCAGUAGGAACCCCCUUUCCAGUCCCAGGGGGAUGGAGUUGCAGUCUGAGGAGUAAGGAGAAACCGUCCACGGUCGUCCAACAUGCUGGCGUUGCUUCAGGGACCCAAGCCGCCUGCCCAUCGCUGGACUGACCCUACUUCUGGCAUCAGGGCACGUCCCCUGCCUUGGCCUCCCCCAGCUUCCCCUCCCAUCUACUGCCCUAGGCACUGACAGACCCCCUGGGCCUCCCAGCUCAAAC